CAACCCAAUGAACCCGCCCGGCUUUCAGCCCUGCCACUCGGAGCCCCUGCCGGUUGCUAGCUCGGGACGGGCGAGGGUAGGACACAAUCCGCGUUCGUUGAAAACCCUCCUGAGAAGUAUACGGAAUUUAUUUUAUGUAUCAGAUCGGUAGUUUUCUUUAAAAUUCCCAAGAAUAUUCAUCAGGCCAUCUUUUACUCGCCCUUUCUCGCCUCCCACCGAUACAAAACCACUUUCCGUUGUCAUCCCUCCCGUCUCAAAACCCUAAUAUUUUCUGCUUUAGGUUCUGGUAAGAGGAGGAGAAGAAGAAGCGAUGGUUUUCUACUUCAAGGCCCGGCCAGAAGCGGGCGAUUACACGAUUUUCAUGGGCCUGGACAAGCACGAGAACGAAGAGCUCAUCAAAUACGGAUUUCCUGAAGACAUCUGGUUUCAUGUUGAUAAAAUGUCAUCUGCCCAUGUUUAUGUAAGAUUGAACAAAGGUCAGACUAUUGAUGAUAUAAGUGAAGGAUUGCUGGAAGAUUGUGUCCAGCUUGUCAAGGCCAAUUCCAUCCAAGGGAACAAGGUGAAUAAUAUUGAUGUUGUUUACACCCCAUGGUACAAUUUGAAGAAGACUCCUUCCAUGGAUAUUGGGCAAGUUGGUUUCCACAAUCCGAAAAUUGUUCGCACUGUGAAAGUGGAAAAGCGCCUAAACGAGAUAGUUAAUAGGUUGAACAAGUCAAAGGUUGAAAGGAAGCCGGACCUGAAAGCUGAGCGAGAGGCAAUCAAUACUGCAGAAAAAGCAGAAAGGAAACUUCAGCUGAGAGACAAAAAACGGCGGGAAGAGAUGGAAAGGAUGGAGAAGGAGAAACAGGCGGAGAUAAGGAGCUACAAAAACCUGUUGGUUUCAGAAAAGAUGACCUCUAACAAACAGAUUGCGUCAGCCAACAAGUCCUUGCAGGAACUGGAGGACGAUUUCAUGUGAUGCCACAACAGGCCACCCUUGACGGCCACUCUGCACUGUCAGUAUCGGCCAUAGCUCGGACAGCAAAAUCACUGCAUGGUGUUGUAGGUUUGGAGCUUCCGGGCAGUGAGUUACUCUCCUCAAUGGUUCAGAUGAUCAUCAGCCUUGGAUUUGAAUGACGGCAAAGGAAGUGAACAUUUGUGUAUUCUCUGUUUGAUAGUGUGUAUUUCAUGCGUAGAUAAAAGGCAGUUAACGUGAUGGAAAAAUCCUGAUAUGACUGCUGUUUGAUGUUGCGUUUGAUGGAGUGAAUUUGUAUUGCUUGU